AUAUGAGUUGUAAAAAUUAAACGGAUGAAUAUAGUAUGUCGACCGUAGUAACCACAAUAAUUAUUAUAGAGCACCUGUUUCAAUAAUGACGUCACGAACUACCAACACCAUGUUCUACAUACGCUACUUUCAACAGUAACUUCUAAGUCGCUUCAACUACAAUAAUGUUUUACAUUAAUUUAUUUUUAUUUGCAACAAUAUUCUCAUACCCAAAAUGUUAUGGACAAAAUAUAUACGUGAGUGACGUUAACUUCAGAAUAGAACCAGGAAUAGAGAUGUGUGUCUACGAAACAGGGAAAGCUGGACAGAUGUUGGAAGUGUACUACCAGGUACUGGACGGACAACAUGGAGAUUUGGAUAUUAAUUUCAAAGUUAUUGACCCUAAGAAUGCUACUCUACUGACGGAUUAUAAAAGUUCUGAAAACUCUAUUAUCAUGGACUUGGAAAUGGACGGAGAUUACGCAUUCUGUAUGGACAACACGUAUAGUAUGAUGAAUUCUAAACUUGUGUUCUUGUAUGUGCUAGUAGAAGACAAAAAUGGAGUGACUCAAAGUGACGUAGGAGCCAAAAUGGCGGGAAGUGACAGCGGAGAUGAACAGAACGACGGUGAAGGCGACGGAGCCGAACCAAAAGAAGUAUUAGAAUGGGAGGGAACAGAUGAAAACGGUGAGAGUUACUACUUGGAAGUGGGUAAAAUCGCAGAUUCCUUGUCGGUCACGUUAGCGCACGUGGUCAAGUCCCGACAUCUGCUUAGCAUAUAUGCUGCGACCAAGUCGCGCGACAGUUACUUGGCUUUCGAAGACACAUUCAUUGUCGACGUUUGGUCAGGCAUUCAAAUAAGCUUGAUGUUUGUUGUGGGAAUGUUGCAAGUUUAUAUGAUCAAGAAACUGUUCAGUCGAGACCAUCUUGGAUACAAAGACAUUUAUUGAAUAUUACCUAAUUACUAGACGAUAAAUAUGAAGUUUUGCUUGCAAUCAAAUGUUAUUAAAAUAAAUUACAUAUACUAAUACUACAAAAUACACUUUUUGAAUUCCUAUAUGGCACUGACUACUGACAUGAAAUUGUUUACAUACAUUAUUUGUGUUCAACUAGUUCCAUGCUAAUAGAGAAUAUUAUGGCUCUCCUAUAUAUACAUGACCUCAUCACGACACAACAAAUGAUAAUGUCAGUAAAUAGUGUAAAAUAAACACUAGUAGGUAAUACCUACGUGUGGUUAUAACAAGGUAAUUAAU